AUGAUCCCCCACCUUCUGUUAAUUGCAUUCAUUUUGACCUCCUCUGUGAUAACCACCCCCCGUGGUAGAACCCGUGCAAGGGGCACAUGUGCCCCCACGUUCAUAAGAACCCACCCUUUUCAAAUAGCAAAAAGUAAAAUUCAACAACUGUACAGAAAAAAGGCAACUUAUGUAAUCCGAGAAAGAGGUGGGCAUCAUGAGGAGGAGAGUCGAAAGGGGGUAAGACGAGACAAACGCAGAAAUGGAAUCUCUAGUGACCAUAGGCAAGACACUAAGCCGAAGGGAGAAUCUACGCCUAUUAAGAAACACUCCGUGAAGAAGUACGAUAGACAUAACCACACCUAUCGUGCGCCAAGCAUUCUAAAAGGGAGGAGAAAAAAAAUAUAUACGAAGGAGGAAGUCAAAGCGGAGAAGGAGAAACAGUUGAAAGGUAAGUUAAGGAGGAAAAAUGUUUAUGAACGAAAUUUAAAAAAGGGGAAGAAGCGGAACAAAAGAAUCAACAAUGGGGAUAGUGAUGAGGAGGUCGACAGGGGAACAGACCUGGACAAUGAUACGAGAGGGGAUUCACCAAAUGUGAGAAAAGCAAAUGAAGCGACCCUGAGUGGGGAACGAAACCGCCGUGGAAGGAGAACAAAGCGCAAAAGACGAAACCUGUCUCAUAAAGAGCAGAAAAUCCUGGACAUGUUCCAAAAUGACCUAAAUGAGUCCAUCGAAAGGCUAAAUAAAAAAACGAGAAAAUAUGAACUGUGCAGGCAAAAUGAAAACUUGAAAAGUGGAAUGCAGGGCAACGAAAUACUACGGAAGGUCCUAGCGGUAAGUAGGUCUGCAGAAGGGACAAGCAGAACACGAAAGACGAAGGAAAGGAGAGGAUCUAGAGGGAAUUAUUCCAGUGCAGAUGUUGUUCAGAUGAACGGGGGUGUACGCAAAUAUGUGGACGACAUUAGCGAUGACGCAGGUGAGGGAAAAACUAAAAAUUUGGAUAAGAGGAGAGAAAAGGAGAAGAAGGAGAAACAGAAGGUGGGAUUACAUUCAUCACUGUAUGGAGAAGGAAAAAUCCACAAAGAGGACACACACAGAAAGGUGGAAAAGAAAUCUUUGGACAGAAGGAACAAGAUUAAGUUGAGUCAAGGAAAGGCAAAAAACUACUCCCAGGAAGAAGACACUGAUAAGGAAAAGCGAAAAGACGAAAGUAUCGACAGCGGUGAAGUCGAUGGAGACAACAUAAAAAAAAUGAAAGCUCUUAUUAAAAUCGGGAAAAGUAUAGACCCCUUUAGAAGAAGAAUUCACAUCGAUUACGAAAACUGCACUCUUAGCGAUGAGGUGCGUAAUCGAUUAGCCAAAUUUAGCGGCAUCAUCGAUUUGAAUGCAAAUAGAGGGGGAAAGGAGUGCGACACGAAGAAAGCGGAGGAAGUAACGAUAAAGGAAUCGAAGGAAGAGUACCACACAUUUGCAGACCUAGGAAUUUAUGAUAACUUCCUGAAGGUCUACUUAAAAUAUAAUGGCAUUGAAAAACCGACGGAGUAUCAGGCCAAGUUCAUCCCGCUACUUAUUUAUUUCAUGAAUAAUGGCUAUAGCGACUGGAAGAAUUGCUCAGGGGAUAUUACCACAGUGGGAGGGAUAAGCAACUUGCGAGAUGCGUCUCCGGAGGGAACCCCGUCAAUCCAAUCAACUAAAGAAACUGACCAAACAACUGGGCGAACGAAGGAACAAAAUGACCAAACAACUGGGCUAGCAAAGGAACAAAAUGACAAAACAACUGGGAGAGCGAAGGAACAAAAUGGCAAAACAACUGGGCUAGCGAAGGAACAAAAUGACCAAACAACUGGGCUAGCGAAGGAACAAAAUGACAAAACAACUGGGCUAGCGAAGGAACAAAAUGACCGAACAAGCGAUUCGAUCACCCCCCGUGGAGACACCCGCAAAAGCGCCUACCCCCCUGUUGAACGCAUAAUUUACGUGAACAAAUAUAACGAGAGGAGUGGAAAACUCAUUCGAACCUUCUUCCUCCAUUGCCCCACGGGGACGGGAAAGACGCUCAUGUACGUUCUUCCGCUCUUCCAGCACAUUACGAAUGUGUGUUUUGGUGUCACCUCUCCUUGGGUGGAAGCGACAAAAGAGGGGGAACCCUUACUUCUUGCUGAUAAUUCUGAAGUAACAUCAAAUGGAAUGUCAGAUUCCUGCGCAACAACAACAUCUUAUGCGAGCAUUCCCGAAGACGGGAAAACCUUCUACGUAAGGAAGGAAAUUAAUGCCAACGUGACUUCCUUCCUCUGCUCCAACGUGAAGCAAGAACAGAAGCAUUUUAUCACCCAAAACAGGAGUAACGUAGAGGCAAUGAUGAACACCUUAACCAGGAUGAACACCCCCGGAGAGGUGAAACAACCCCACUGUAACGAACACACAGUGAGAAAAAAAGAAACCCUCUCGGAUAAGCAUCCCAAAAAGGAUAUCCUCAUUAUUACGUACAACAAAGAGUUAGCCGUGCAGAUAUAUCACUUGUGUAAAGAUUUAAUUGAUUCGUUUUUCAAGUCCUUCAAGUCCAAGUUCUUCGAGCUGAAUGACUCCCUCGUGUGGUCCCACUUGCCCAAUGUAGACCCACAAAGAAAGGCCAUAUUGGAACGCUUAAAUGUGAAUUUAAAAAAAAAAAAAAAUAUAAAUGUGCAUCUACUAAUCGGGGGGAAUAACAUUAAAUAUCAGUUGAAGGGAUUGAAGCGGCCUAAGGUGCACUUGAUAGGGGAAAUCCCACCCGAGGGGGAUCUGUCGGAGGGGGAUCUGUCGGAGGGGGAUCUGUCGGAGGGUGACCUGUCGAAGGGUGACCUGUCGGAGGGACCUUCACCCGAAAUUGGAGAAGAGAACAUCGACCACGUCAACAUCUACGUAGGAACACCAGGCAGGUUAGAAAGGUUAAUCAACGAAAGGAAAAUUAUUAACCUUGAAAAUAUUUCAACCAUCAUUCUUGAUGAGUAUGAUUUUUUUUUUAAUUCCUAUGGAGGCAAGAGUAGUGAAGAGACAAAGACAGACAAACCUCAGGUGGAGAAUAAAUUUUUUUCUAAAAUAUUAAGAAGCGUAUAUAGUAGUAGAAAGAGGGAUCAGAUCGGCAGGGGUUCUCUGCACCUUCCGUGGACUUCCCUCACCAACGUUAUUUGCUGUAGUGCAACUCCCGCGGUGUAUUCAUACCUUACCUUCACGAGGCAUAUUAUUACGACGAACUUUUUGCGCCACCUCCAUGGGGGGACUGAUUUGGUGGGAAAGAAAGAACCCAUGGGGGAAGUACUUCCUUUGGAGGGAGGAGAAACGGUGGAAAAGGAAAGACCUGUGGAAGGAUAUUCAAGUGGAAAAAGUUUCGUACAGAAAAAUAGUCCCCCCAUUGACCGUAAAAUGGAACAAAAUAUGCUAAACGGAUUGUUCAAUCUAAAGGAGUUCGGUAAGAUUCCCGAAAAUCUGAUUCACCUAAAUUAUACGUAUGAUAGGAGAAAUCGAGAAUGGAGCAACAGUGCCACAAUGAACUUCCUGAAUGUACUGUUUUCGAACCCCCUGAGGAAGAACGUGUUGGUGUUUUGCAAUACCAAGAAACGCGUGAUGGACCUGUGGAGCCUCUUCCGAAACCGGUUUGACGUAGACAUUCAGACAAUCUUCGCAGAGAAAAACAAAAAAAGAAAAAAAGUAUUCAAGGAUAUUAACUACGCCAACUUUUUUAAGAAUGACUUGGUCGAUUACAAAAAUUUGAAAAAGUAUGUGAAUUUUAUGUUCCUCUCGACCAAUUUGCUCUACCGUGGGAUCAACUGCAUGGGCUUUACCACCAUCGUGAAUUUCGAUAUGCCUUCAGGCCCCACGGAGUAUGUCCACAGGUGCGGAAGAAUAGGAAGGAUCAACAACAAGGGAAUCAUUAUUAACAUUUUCGAAAGGAGCUUCCGGCGCACAUACAAGCGCAAGAUCUUCUCUAAACUGGGCAUCCAUCCCUACGACGUCGACUGCUACAUGAAUAAUUUUUUCACUCUGGGGAUGGAGGAAGUUCGCGGCGACGUAGGCAAGGAAGUCUGCAAAGAAAAUUAA